AUGUCAUCCUACACCCCACAGACAGAUCUGUCGCUUGAACGAUCUCGACUCGAUGGAAUGGUCGUAGGUGGUGUAUCCUACGGCGUAUUCUUUCUCCUCACAGUACAAACCUGGAUCGCUCUCGUACAGCGGUCUCGAUAUGGAGAUAAAACUGUGGGCCAUCGUCGCGCGCUUAUUUUGUACAUCUUCAUCACGUUCGUGUUGCGGACGGUAGCCUUUGCUGCGAACGCGAAAUAUACGGAGAUGAUUUGGAUAGACCUUCGUGAUGCACCUGGUGGCCCGGUCGCUCUAAUUGUGAAUGAAAUGGAUUAUCGUAUCAACGUUUUGGCGAUUUCUUGGCAAGAAUUUUUGCUUAUAUAUCUCCAGACUAGUGUUGACGCUUUGUCUCGUCUACUUCACCGAUGUUUCGUGAUAUGGAAUUGGGCAAGACGCGUGACGAUCCCGAUGAUCACACUCUAUAUUGCGAUGAUCGCACUGUCUAUUUGCGGACUGAUUCAGGCGAGCAACGGUGCCGUACUUUAUAAAAUCAACGUCAUACUUGUCUACCUUUGCUUCCAUGUGGGGCUCACUGUGAUUUAUACCAUCCUCGUGGUUAAUCGUCUGCUUUCCAUGCGAAGCCAGAUGAAGCGUGUCGUGGCCGAAUAUGAUUCUAGCACCUAUGACACUGUCGUCCUCAUGGUCAUCGAGUCCGCCUUGUUAUAUUCUGUCUUCGCUAUGAUUUUCAUAGUUGCCUUUGCUCUGCAUUGGAACGAUGUCUCCACCGUAUGCUUCUUGUCUAUUAGCUCAAUACAGGGUAUUGCUCAAUUAUUCAUCAUCCUUCGCGUCGCACGGGGUCAGGCAGUUACACACGAAUGGUCGAGCCGCGCUGCUGCACCUACGACUGUAGUAUUUGCAGAGACUAUAUCAGCGCAUUCAAAUGGUGAACAGAUAAAUAGGCCACAGCAGGACCUUGUUCAGACAUAUUCUACUUCCGCGAAGGCAGCGGGAGUAGACGCGUGUAUAGCAUAAAAUGAUGUGACGUUGUUUAACUUUAUAUGUACUUGGUUGAAACCUGAAUGUGAUUUUCGCGCUACAGCCUGUUUAAGGUAUUUGUAUGAAGCAGGGAUGGGGCUGUGACAGACUAUUGCGCGGUGUCAUGACGAAAGGUCAAAGGAGACUGUUCUUAGCUCUCAGAUUAAAAUCUAGAGGUACUGUACAUAUACCAAAGGCUAUGGGAAUUUGAAAGAGCUUAUCACUUACGUGAAAGGGUCGCUCAUACCCGCUAUCGCUCAGCAUGCCGCAACCUGUCGCAGCCUGUCAUAGAAGCCUGGCUCCCUGGUGGACCCUGGUGGAAACUCUUUUCCGGGCUUUCCAUAUAACUACCACUUCCUCACUCAUCUUUCACUAUCCUCUUGGUUGCCUCCACCACUUGCCAGUAGAUAGGCAGCCUCG